AUCUUAUUUAAAUACAAUAAAACAUCUUCAAUUUCAAUAUAUGAAUAAACAACAAUUAAAUAUUAUUUUACAAUUAAUUAGUCAACUUCGACAAACAAAUGGUAAUAAUGACGAUGAUAAACGAUCUCGUUCACCUUCACAAUCAUCUCCGACAAGUGUUAAACGUCUUGCUUUAUCAUUUGAUCCACCAAUAACUUCUUCACCAGCUAUACUUCAUGAUCGAACUAAUCAAAUAACAAAUAAUAAUAUGAAUCAAUCAGUAACAAAAGGCAUUAAACGAAAACUAACUACACAUCAAUAUACAACACUUGAUUUUGAAAAUGAUCCAGAUAAUUAUUUCUAA